AUGACACCAAAUACAGCAGUAUUAUACAUUAGGUCACGCCGUCGGCCCGCACACAAGCUAUCUGGCAAAGGUGCUAUCACUGUCAUCAACGGCAUCACACGGGGAGUCGGGCAAGUCGAGUUCAGAAGCCCUGCGAGUGGGGAUAGGGAUGGUUUCAUAUUGGAUGUGAAGUGGUUGGAUGACGAGGUCGGCGAAGUACGGGUACAAGGAGGGAUGGAGGGAUAUAUCAAGGCGUUGGAGAUCCGUUCAAGCCUAAUCCGUUUCCUUCAACCUCGAAGCCACUCGAAAAGACCUCUACUCGACCUCCUCGCCGUCGUCGACGGCGUCGGUCUUGAGGUUGCUAUUGAGAAAAUCAGCGAGCCAGGGAGCUUGGCUAGUGAUAUCAGUGGGAGGGUGGAGAUACCGAGGAAGAAUGGGAAGCAUUGGGCGGCGCCGGUAUGGUUUGUGGAGAGGCAGGGGGAUGGGGCAAAAGUGUGGACCUCGGCGAUCUGGUUGGGUUUCCAAGGAGAAAGAUAG